AAUAGCGAAAACACAUUUACAGACUCUCCAACACGUUAUUUUCACUAAGUAACUAGACAAUUAUGCUUUAACAGCAAGGAAAUUCACACUGAAAAAGGCUGUAUUAUAGUCAGUCAGAUCCAGCAGGGGUCAUUUAAUAACCGUACAUUGCAUACAAUCCUCCUGAGCCAAUCCCACUCUGGAGUUCUACUUCGUAAAAACCAGGAAACGUCUCUCUCGUCCCAUCACAUGAAAGGGGGCAAUAGCAGACUCUGUUUCACAAGCUGGAAGUGACAUUACUGCAGGAGUUUAAUAUGGUUUGCCCCUUAGACUAUCUUGCCUUCUGAGCAGAAGGAUUUUAAACAUUUUGGAGCAUGUGUCAUUGAGGUUGAAGUGACGAAGAGAAGUGAAAGUAACGGCUCAGAGAUAAGAUGCUUCAGUCAGGAAAUGUGACACCAGAAAGGGAAGAAUGUCUGUUACCAAAUCCUCAGGACAGCGGAGAUAUGAGACCGGAUCUCUCGUUGUCCUCUGACUCCCAGGAAGAGUCCUCCACGAUGGUCUUGUCGUCCACACACUCCUUGAGGCUGAAGUAUAUGUCUCUGGGGGUGCUGGUGUUGCAGACCACUUCACUGGUGCUCACCAUGCGCUACUCCCGUACCCUGAAGGAAGAUGGCCCCCGCUACCUGGCUUCCUCCGCUGUGGUGUCAGCCGAGGUGCUAAAGAUCCUUGCCUGCACCCUCCUCGUCUUAUCGGAGAACAAUUUCAGUUUGCGGGCAAUGAACCAGCUGCUGAAGGAGGAGAUUGUGAACAAGUCUGUGGAGACCAUGAAGUUGGCCAUUCCUGCAGGGAUCUACACACUGCAGAACAAUCUGCUCUAUGUUGCCUUAUCCAACCUGGACGCAGCCACCUAUCAGGUCACGUACCAGUUAAAGAUCCUCACCACAGCGCUUUUCUCCGUCUCCAUGCUGGGGAAGAAGCUGGGUCUCUACCAGUGGCUCUCCCUGCUCUUUCUUAUGGCUGGAGUCACUCUAGUGCAGUGGCCCACAGAGUCUGAAGUUGACUCGGAGCAGAAAGUCCUGUCUGCAGGCUCUCAGUUUGUGGGACUGAUGGCUGUGCUGAUGGCCUGUGUGUCCAGCGGCUUCGCUGGUGUUUACUUUGAGAAAAUCCUCAAGGAGACAAAACAGAGCGUGUGGGUUCGUAACAUACAGCUGGGUUUGUUCGGCUUUGUGUUUGGCUUCUUAGGAAUGAUAAUAUAUGACGGUCAGAGAGUGAGGGAGUCGGGAAUGUUUCAAGGCUACAACACAAUCACCUGCACAGUCGUUGUCUUACAGGCUUUGGGCGGUUUGGUCAUAGCAGUGGUCAUUAAAUAUGCGGACAACAUCCUCAAAGGAUUUGCUACCUCUCUGUCCAUCAUCUUGUCUACACUCAUUUCAUAUUUUCUGUUGGAGGACUUUAACCCCACUAGCAUGUUUUUCUUAGGGGCAAUGCUGGUUAUUGCUGCCACAUUUCUUUACGGUUACAAGGGCAAACCCACCAGCGGCAGCGCCAUCAAAGUAUAGACAGGAGACGUCUGUGGACUGUACUGCCUGACAGAGGAGACGACAGACGGAGCAGGACUCUAUGAAGUGUGACAGCGAGUUUGGCAUGCUUACAUUAAGAAUGCGGGAAAUGUGGAAGUGAUAGUCACAACAAACCUGCCAUGACUCUGAUGAAUGUUUCCCAUCGCUACUCUGGUAAAAUGCUGCUUUGCACAAAAGGUGUGGGUCAAUAAUGAAAUACAUUUGCUUUGUAAAUGUAUGUUUUUCUUAUAAAAUACAAACAGGAGAACAGUGGAGCUUGUACAGUGUUGCAUUAACACAAGUAUACACCGUAUGACCAAAUUGUCUGCAAGUGCAAUUUAGAGGGACUAAGAGGAGAUGGAAACCAUGACCUCACUGAAAUGUGGAAACUGAUAUUUUAAAGGUCUAUAUUUCAGUCAUUUAUUUAUGUAUUGUGGGAUAUGGGGAAAGGGAUGUAUUUACAAAACAAAAAGGGUGUUAAUGGUGCUGAGAGCACCCGCCUCAAAGAGAGGAAAAUCCUUGACAGAGCUUCCAUCUAGUGGUGGAAUGAAGAGCAAACUUGCUGCAAAGAGGAGGGGUUACCUCUGUUCAAAGAUGCUGAAUGUCCUUUUUUAUAUGUGAUGAGAUAAGAUGGGAUGUGACUGCUUCGACCUUGCUGCUCACAGUCUGAGGAUUUAUAUCAAAAGCACACAUUCUACUGUUAUUUAAAUGCAAAAUAAAGGUCUUUGUGCAGGAACAAAUGAAUAAAUUACGGCAUCUUUUAUGC